AUGCCUCGGCCGCCCAAGCGCCCUGUGGUCCUGAGCGACACCGAAUCUCACAGCGAGAGCGACAACGACGAGUCGGGCUCUGAGAGCGACUCCAAUCCCCUGAUCGACGAUGAGGCGCUAGACUCGAGCGACGAUGACGAGAGCACCAGCAGCAGCGACGAUGGCUCCGUUGACGGCCCUCGCUCGUCUUUUACCCGCUUCAUGGACCUCCCGCCCGAGCUGAGGACGCAGAUAUGGCAACACUUUUGCUCAGACCUCGACGGCCGACCGCGCGUGCUGCAGUUCGAGAUGGGCCCCGGUGGUGACCGCAAGAUCGAGAGACACCUCUUGCGCGACGCCUUGGGCCUCGAUACUCCGCGUGGCAUAUGGACCGUCAAGGAGUGGAUCAGUCUCGCGGAGCAGACCGAGCCCCUGCGCAGCCUGAUGGCCGUCCAUCAAGAGUCGCGCGCCCUCGGUCUCAAGGCCUUUCCCGAUACCCUCACCAUGGACUCGGGCACCGCCGACUUUGACGCCCGCGUCGCCUUCAACCGCCGCAAAGACAUCGUCGACAUCGAUCACUUCCGCCGCGAGUCGUACGGCGCGGGCGAAAAGGCCCUGAUGCCUGGCUUCGGCGACCUGGUCGUCAACGCGGCUGUCCCCAUCUGGGACGACUCCCGGGACAGGUCGGCCGUGGACCGGGUCAGGUGGACAUUCGACCACAUGCCCAACGUCGAGCGGCUCUAUAUAUCUGCCGAUGACGAUAUAUUCAAGCACGACCGGCAUUUGCGGUGGUGUGCCUCCGACUAUGUGCACAGGUACCGCGUCGAAACGCACGAGAAGGAGCCGGGCCUGGGCGAGGACAUGGUCUCCCUCUUGUGCUGGCCCGACGUGGACAACCACCCAGACUUUGCCAAAUAUCAGCUCCCCAAGCGGCAUAUGCGCUCCCAGCCAAAGUCUAUCGGCCGGAUGCUCGAGGAACAUGGAGUCGAGGCCUGGCCCAUGGUGACUUUUGAGUUUGAAGCGGCGUUGCAACGCUUCGAGCAGCUUCGCGACACAAAGGACCUGCCGUACGAGGCAACGCCGAGCGGCAGCGACGAUUCAGACGACGAGGAAAGCGGCGACGACGAUAGCGAGUCUGAGGACAUUGACGAGUACGAGAGCGAGGGCAUCGACGACGAGCCCAUUGAGGAGCUUGAUGAUUCCGAAGACGAGUCAUCUGUGGACGAGGACAGCGACGCCGCAGGCGCACGCUUUUCGAGCCCCGAGGCAAGCGUCGACGGAGCUCCGGCUUUGGACCGCCCGCCACGACGCAAUAUCGUUGCCGACUCUGACGAUGACGACGAGCCCGAGCAAGGCCCUUCCAAUAGACGAGGAAAUCGCAAGAUUGCGGCGGACACGGAUGACGAAGACGACGCGGAGGUCGACGAGCCAGAGCAAGCACCAUCAAACCGACGGGGGAAGCGCAAGAUUGCAGUUGACUCGGAUGACGAGGGCGACGCCGAAGUCGACGAGCCGCGGGCGAAGCGCGCAAGAACCGGCAACGCUCCGCCCGUGAACGGUGCUGGUUCCAGCUUCCGGGCUGCUGCUGAGUCUGACUCUGAGACGGACGACGGUGCUGGCGCCAGGCUGGAGCCAAACGGCGGGGCGGAGUCAUCCGCGCAAGAAGACUCGGACGGCUCGUCGGAAGAGGGAGCAGAGGAGCCGAGGCGUCUUACCCUGGCGGAGCGGCUGCAACGGCACCGCGAGGCGCACCCGAUACCCGUGUCCGAUAGUGAGGUUGACUCGGACGAAGAGGAUGAAGAUGAGGACGACGAGGAUGAUGAGGAUGAAGAAGACGAAGACGAGGACGACAAUGGCCUCAUUGACGGCAUGGCCAGCGAGUCUGACGGCGAGGGGGACGAAGGCGACGAAUCUGAGGGAUGGUAG